CCGGCCAUUCCACAAUACACAAAUACACCCGCCAUUUCUUCUCCUUCCUCUCUCAUCUAUCUUCUGGUCUGGACUCUGGAGAAGUACCUUCUUCGAUUUCCUGACAUGUCGAUCCAGAAGCUACGAAUGUUUCUCCUUGUUUCCCGACGAGGAUUACUUCCUUCGUCUCCUCCUCGAGUCUCCACCAUUUUCGCGUAUUCUUCUUCCUCGUACUGCUUAAGCGGACAAAAUGAAUAUCUUGCGUCAGAAACUCCUAAUUUCCAUUUGUUUAGACGUUUCCAAUAUUCUGGGAAAGGAUUCUGUUCAGAAUCUGGAGCAAAAGGUGCCGCUGUGUGCUGGAACUGCGGUUAUGUUGCACAGAAUUUUGCCUUUCUGGUCUGCGAUUCAUGUAGAAGCGUUCAGCCGGUUGAUCAGUCGAUAGAUUAUUUCCAGAUUUUCAGACUGGAGAAAGAUUAUGACAUUGAAAAUGACAUCAUUGAGGGGAGAUACAAAGAUUGGCAGAAGUGUCUGCAUCCUGAUUUGGUUCAUUCCAAGUCUGAGAGAGAAAGAAAUUAUGCUGCUGAACAAUCCUCUCUGGUAAAUGGAGCAUAUCGCAUUCUUGCCAAUCCAGUGUCCAGGGCAGUAUACAUUCUAAAGACUGCAGGUAUGGAUGUGGAUGAAGAUAAAACCAUUUAUGACCCAGAAUUGCUUGCCGAGAUUAUGGAGAUCAGGGAGGCCGUAGAGGAAGCUUUGGACCCUCAGAGUUUAAUUCAGAUCCAGACUGAAGUACAAGAGAAACUGAAAAUUUGGACUGAAAAUUUUUCCAAGGAAUUUAGAAAGCAAAAUUUUGAAGAAGCCUAUACUUGCCUCCAGAGAAUGAUUUAUUAUAAACGUGCAGAUGAAGAGAUUCUUAAAAAGCUUUGAUAUCGGAUCAAAUUAGAAGUUAUGGUUAACAUUGUGGUCCUCGAGGUUCAAUUAUCUCUGCUGCAACUAUUACUAUAUUUUUAAUGAGGUUUGGAGAUUACCAGGUAUCCACAUUUUAUUUGUGAAAUUUACCCAUAGACUAUAUGUGUAUUUGCAUUGAUGAUCAUAGACAGUUUCUACCUUUCUUGUAAUUUGAUUUGAACAUAAAAGAUUCAAACUCUGAUUACGAUUUAAAAGGGUUUAACAAAAGAACAUUUUUAUAGUUUAUUGUUUUCUAUAACAUUAUUCUAUAUUAUAUGUUCAUAAAUAUUUUUCUCCAUAAUAUGCUUCUUCAUGAUUGCCUUGUAGAACUUCUUUCACUCUGUAAUAUCUUGUUAUUCUCUAGUAAAACUACAUUUUAAUUGAUGCAUUUAUCCUUAGAUGUAAAGUUAGUUUAUUAUUAGCUCUAGUGUUUCUAUUUUAUAGGAGUGAAGCUAUCCUUUAGACUAGACAACUACUUGUAUAUAAGGCUACCUAUGUAGCAUAAUAUAUUUUUAAAUAGAUUGAAAUAAACAAACACACUUUUGUAAAAUUACAUAAAGAACAAACUUCAAAAAAGAGAAGCAAGAAAGUCAAGCAAACUCCCGCUUAUUGUCCUUUCAAAGCACCCAAUCUCAAGGAUCAUAUCCCAAUCCAUCAAUGAAUUGCCAAAAAUUAUUAUCUGCUUAUUGUCGGCCUAUGUACUCUAUUUUUAUUAUCCAAAAUAAAGAAAUCCUGUAUAAUCCAUUGUAUUAGCAAACACUAGGAUUUAAUACACUAAGAAAGAGGGAUGAAAAGCGAAUAGAGAAAUCAACAUGAGAAGAUAGAAAAAAAUAUCAUUCAAUUGCAUAAUAUUAUAAACAGAUAACACAAGUCUCCUUUUGCAAUAGUCUAAUCCCUUGCCCUUUAUAUGAUAGGUUGAUCAUGUUUUCAUCAUUAAGGGGAAUAAAGUCCCUCAAAUGUCAUGCAUUUUCUAAAUUUCCUUGUGAAAUAUAAUUCUUUUUCCCUUUGCAUUCAAUUUAUCUACUUGUUGUAACUACAAAUAUAGAAAUAGAGCUCAAAUCUAACUAUUUU